AUGACUCCAGAGGAGCUGCGGAGUCACACGACCGUGGAAGCCUUGCUGAUGCACUACAGCCCAGCUGCCGCAACGGCGAUCAGCACAUAUAUUGGGGAAUUCUUGGCGUAUAUACACAACUUCGGCACUAUUAGUUGUUCCUUUUUAAAACAGGAUAAUCAGUCUCUACUGUUUCUUGUCUGUCCGCUAUAUGUUGUGCCACCUGGUGUUAACAAGACCGAGGCGAAUUGCCGCGACACUGAAACGGCCCUUCUCCACGUUGGGGUUCUUUUCCCCUCCAUGUUUCCCUCUGUAUUGCCCUUCUGCAGUGUCAUGGCGAACCGUUGUUCCCACAAGGGCGUGAAAUGGACGACGCGACAGUCAUCACGUGUGUUGGCACCAAAUGGUAGUGUGCAGCUGUGCGAGCUUUCCCUCCUCAAGGGCUCCACCCCACCCUACUCAUUAUUGGAGAUUUUGGUGGCACUAACAGAGCAGUUUGAACUAGAAUUUCCUCUGAUUCCGGUAAAUCUUGCUGGGCAGAGCAAAACGGCUGCACCUGGUGCUGUACGAGGCGGGGGGGCGACGACAUUCUCUGACACUGAGAGAAAUGCUGUUAUUCGGCGUGCGUCCGAGGCGGUUCUGCUCCAUGUGCUGUCCAAGGCUGAUAAGUACUUGGAAACCAGGGAAGAGGCCCUUCGUCACCUUCAGCGUCUCUAUCAGUCUGACGGUGCACUAAGGGAGGCUCGGGCGUUGCUUGGGAAGAGAAAGGAAGAGCUUCAACAGUACGCUCCCGCUAUGUGGAAGGUGGAACGUCUCGUAUCCACCUGUUCUCACCUUCCGAAUUCCUUAGAGGUACACUCCACGUGCAUAGUUCCUGCUGAUGACCUGCAUGCGCGUGCUCUGGAGCUUCUUGGGGAGAUCCACGCCUCGGAUGACUUGAUGGAUUUGCUUGAGAGGUCCCUAAAGGCUGGGCAGCUUUCCUGUGACGAGUAUGUUCGUCUUGUGUCUGACCUCAGUCGUAAACAGUUUGAAGCACGGUUUUUGUUCGGUCAUGUGGCGGAAGCUGUGAAUCGAACGACUGCAACGGGGUCUGGCUCACCGUUGCCUUCAGCCCCGCCACGCAAUAGACCGAAUCACGGUAAAGUUGAGGUACCUUCCAAAAUAGGGAAUGAGGAGGUGCUGCGGAGGGAAUUCCCAGAGGUUGGCCCAGACGUGGUGAAGGCGGUGCUCAACCUUGCCGACGGGAACUUAGCGGACGCCCGUGUCCAGAUAAAGGCGAUGCUCUCUUAG